AUGACCAUUACGACCUUGGCCGUUGGAGCGGCCGUCACUCCGACUGUGGUAAAGACGUAUAUAUCUCAUUACGCGAACCGAAAGGAACGCCGUGAAAAGCCCACCGCCCACAUCUCCUACGAUCAAGGCUUGCAUCUGAUCCGGACGUUCCUCAAAUACGCUUCCCACCAUACCGUCGAGGAUCUACAGUCCUUCACGGGACAGUGGGUGCCCAGCCCGUCGUGGGUCAGGACCGAAAAUGUCACGGUCCCGGACGACUACCUCGCGAAGGCGGCGCGUACCAUCACCAGUCAAUUGGGCCCCGUGGGUGUAGAAUCCGUUGGUGGUACGAAGUGGUGGCAGUGGCGGCCGCGAGGGGGCGAGUUAAAGGCGGAAUGGAUCGAAAUGCGUGCACAUUACAACGAGCAGAAGAGGCAGGGCUCCAAGAGUAGGCGCGUCAUGCUGUACGUGCACGGCGGAGCGUACUUCUUCGGCAGCGUGGAUGAACACCGCUAUCAGAUGCAACGACACGCUCGGAAGCUCAAGGCCCGCGUGUUCGCCCCGAGGUAUAGAUUGGCGCCACAGUUUCCGUUCCCCUCGGGGCUGCAGGACUGUCUUGCCGCGUACCUCUAUCUCCUGGACAUGCACGACUCGACCGAAAUCAUCCUGGCGGGCGACUCGGCCGGCGGGGGGAUGAUUGUGUCGAUCCUGUGCAUGCUGAGGGAUCAAGCACUUCCUUUGCCCGCCGGCGCGAUCCUCAUUUCGCCGUGGGUCGACCUUUCGCAUUCGUUUCCAAGCCUGAGCGGUAAUGCUGAACUCGACUACAUUCCCGCUUAUGGUUUUAUGCAAAAGCCAUCAGCGGCUUGGCCGCCUCCGAAUGACGAAGAAAUUGCGACUAUCAGCAGGCUUGCCAGGGGCGAUGAGGGCUCACCUAAAGUAGCACAGGACCGCGACAAAACCACGAACGUGCCAGUUCAAGAUGACGGCGGAGUCAAGCCUGGGCCUCAACUGCCUCUCUCUAUUGAGCUAAAUGGGAGGCAAGUUGUCCUGAAAGAUCAAAUACAGAUGUAUACGACAAACCAGCUGUUGGCUCAUCCAUUGGUGUCACCUGUCCUACAGCCAUCCCUCGGUGGCCUUCCGCCGGUUCUGAUUCUGACUGGUGGUGGGGAGAUCCUACGAGAUGAGCAAAUCUACCUCGCUCACAAGAUGGCAAAUCCCUCAAAAUACCCCCUCGGCGCCGCCUAUAGAUCGAGAUACGACCCCGACGACAAGAUACUGAACAAGUACAAACCGACACCGGUCAUGUUACAAGUGUGGGAUGAUCUGUGCCACGUUGCGCCGACUCUCUCAUUCACCCGUCCUGCCAAGUUCAUGUACCGUUCGGUCGCUCAAUUUGGGGCGUGGGUGCUGGCAAAAGCGCAAAAGCGUGCAAUUGAAAUCAUGGACGAUGACAACAUAUCGAGAAUUUCAUCUCAGAGCGACAGCGGUUCAGCGAGCGAUGCCGAGGCUGCGUCACCAGCGGAUAGCAUCUCCCGGGCCAAGAUAGAUGCAAGUAAGACGACCGGAAGCGUUGGCCGCGCUGGCGACCCGAUACCGCCUUUCACAAAUAACAUGAUUCGGCAAAGGAUUGACCGCUAUGGACGCAUCUAUCCUUUGGCCGAACCGCAUGAUCUGCCCGCUCUCCAAAUGCAGCCCGACGAUGUCGGAGUGAUCAAGCCUGGUCCGGUCAGAAAAUGGCUCGAGGCUAAGGCCUCGUGGGACGCGAGAUAUGCAAGCACGAGGAAGCGCGUGCAGAAGGAACGAGUCAAAGCUCUCGCCAGUGGGAAAAUUAUGGGAUUCGAGGCUGGCGAGCAUCCACCUCCUAGCGCGCUUGCCGGGCGACGGACAGACAAGGAUAUAGUGGCCGUCAAGAAGAGAAAGAGCUACGGCCUAGCCAUGUGGAGUGGAUGGGGAAGCAAGCACGACGAGACGACAUUGAAGAGGGAAGAAGAGGCUGUAGAAGACGGACAACCGGUAUCAGAGCGUGACGGAGACACGGAGAUACCGCUUGGGACCGAUGGCCAAGUGGAAACCAGUCCAGCUGAAGUGACGGCCGUGAAGCGUGCUCAAAGCCGGAACCGAAGCUCCAGCACGAAACGGACGACGAGCGAGUCACGGACUCGUGGGAGAAAGCGAACCAUCUCAGUGACCGACCGAGGGCAGACUGAAGGUCGUUUCGUGCCCGCGAUAGUACCACCGCAGCAUUCAAUGUCGUCAGCCGAGUCACCAGAAGCGGGAACAAUUCCAACAGUGCCUCAUGACGAGCGAGCCACGUCUCCAACUGCGUCUCUACUUUCCUCCGGAUUUCUACCAAAGUUCAAAACAGCGUCCCAUCUCCGCGAUGAUAGCGGUAGCAGUCCACACUACGCGCCCAUCCUCUCCGAUGCCGCGAGCACGAUGACCGGCCGCAGUGGUAUGGUUCCCGAUGAUGCGAGCACGAGGGCGGUCUUUGCUGCCACUGGCGUGAUGAAGAACGGUGAUGCUCAGCAAGAAGUCGGCGAACCCGCCAAGACUUCCAACACCAGCUCGACCACGACAAGACGACCACAGAGCGCGCUUGCGCAUGAGACGACGAGCGUCAACUCUGAUGGGGGCGAGGAACUUGAAGUUGAUGACGGCGUCGCAAGCAUGGCUCCAAGCGCGAUGUCACGUCCGCAUACCUCUCUUGCCGGUUUUGGCAGCGACUCGCCUCGCAGCCAGCGUAGUCUGGAUCGCUUGCAGAGCCAUCAGCUCGACGAGGGCAUGGGCAGGAUGGCGCCCUUGAGAAGCACAAGUUCGACGGCCGUCGUCCGCGCGGAGGGUGUCGUCAGUGUUAUAGACGGCACCUACGACAAGAUAAAACAUCAGGUUGCGGACGGCACCUACGACAUGACGGGACAUCAGGUUGCGGACGGCACGCUCGACCGGGCGGGACACCAGACUGCAGAUCAGGAGGAGAAGAAGAAUGAUGUCGCCACAGAAAAGUCCGUCGAGGCUACAGAUAAUGUGAAGGAGGACGAGGAGGAACUGAUUCAGAAUGUCGUGGAUCAUUCUGAAAAGAGUGGAACAAAGAGGCCAAAGAUGUACGACCGCACUGAGACGGACUUUCAGACCGCGUUCGAGAAGAUGUCCUGA